AUGGAAAAUUCUUCGAAUAUCAACAAGAGAAUCAAAUCUGAAAAGGUUGGAAUAGACGGGGUUAGAGGGCAAAUAGAGGAAUAUGCCAAAACUCUCAACCUGAAGCAUGUGAAUGUUAGUGAGUUGAUGGACAAAAUAAUUUCGGGAUGGUGUGAGGGCAUGACUAAGAAGGAAGUUGUGGACUAUUGCAGUGAAACGGCAGCAUCUAUGAUUACUAAACACCCUGAAUAUGGGCGAAUUUCAUCUAGAAUCAUUGUAUCAUACAUUCAUGAGGUCACUAUGAAUUCUUUUUCUGAGAAAAUCAAGUAUAUACAAGAGCACAGGGGGACUAUUUCUGAAGAGAUGUAUGGAAUAAUACUGGAACACAAGGAAACGAUUGAUGCCAUGAUAAACUACGAGAACGAUUACCUAUUCAAUUAUUUUGGAAUGCUUACUUUGAUGAAAUCCUAUAUGAUAAGGGUGGGAGAUGAGAUUGUUGAAAGACCUCAGGAUGUAUUUAUGAGGACGGCUCUUCAAAUCCAUAAGACUAACUUUAAAAGGGUGAAAGAAACCUACGAUAUGCUUUCCAGGCAUUACUUCACCCAUGCAACACCAACUCUUUAUAAUUCAUGCCUUAAGAAUCCUCAACUGGCAAGUUGCUUUCUUAUAACACCGAAGGAAGACUCUAUUGAGGGUGUGUAUCACACGAUCAAUCAAACAGCAAUCAUAACGAAAUUUUCUGGAGGAAUAGGACUUAAUCUUCACAGCAUUAGGGCAAAGGGGUCCGCUCUAAAGAACACCGGGGGGAAAAGCAAUGGAAUUAUCCCACUAAUCCAAGUUUUCAAUGCAACAAAGAGAUAUAUCAAUCAAGGUGCAGAAAGAAGGCCUGGGUCUAUAGCCAUUUAUCUUGAGCCCUGGCACAUGGAGAUAUUUGACUUUUUGGAUAUAAGGAAGAGCACAGGACCUGAAGAAUUCCGUGCAAGAGACAUUUUCAUUGCACUAUGGGUUAAUGAUCUUUUUAUGGAGAGGGUUAAGAAUGAUGAGGAAUGGUCGUUGUUUUGCCCAAGCCAAGCGGUUGGGCUGGAGGAUAUGUGGGGAGAGGAGUUCAAUGAGCUGUACUGCAAGUAUGAGAAGACUAUCAGUAGGACUGUAGUCCCUGCACAAAAGUUAUGGAAAGCCAUAAUAGAAGCCCAGAUUGAGACUGGAACACCCUAUAUGUGUUAUAAGGAUGCAUGCAACAGACUCAGCAAUCAACAGCACCUUGGGAUUAUUAAGUCAUCGAACCUUUGUACCGAGAUAGUUGAAUAUUCCUCUGGAGAUGAAGUCUCUGUAUGCAAUCUUGCAUCUAUUUCCCUUCCCAUGUUUGUCAAGAAUGGAAUGUUUGACUUUGAGUCCUUUAGGAAUGUAGUUAGAAUAAUAACAAUAAAUCUGAACAAAGUAAUAGAUUCUUCCUACUAUCCUGUGGAAGAGGCCAAGACAUCGAACAUGAAGCACAGGCCCAUUGGGAUAGGAGUGCAGGGACUGGCAGAUUUGUUUGCAAUUUUAAAGCUACCAUUUGAGAGUGAUGAAGCCAGAAGUCUGAACAAGGAAAUUUUUGAGGCCAUGUACUACUUUGCGCUGGAAGCUUCAUGCGAGCUGGCUGAAAGUGAAGGCCCGUUUCCAUCUUACAAGGGAUCCCCAAUAAGCAAGGGGAUUUUCCAUUUUGAGCUUGCUGGAAAGAAGGCAUCGAACAAAUGGGAUUGGGAGGGGCUUCGGGAAAGAAUCAAGAAGCACGGGACCAGGAACAGCCUCCUGAUUGCGCUGAUGCCAACCGCUGGAACUUCACAGAUAUUCGGAAACAACGAAGCAUUUGAACCGUAUGCAUCGAAUAUAUACACCAGGAGAACACAUGCAGGAGAGUUCCAAAUUGUCAACCAAUAUCUUAUUGACGAUCUUGUCAAGCUAGGGUUAUGGUCCUACGAGAUGAAGAAUCUGAUUAUUGAGAAUGAAGGGUCGAUCCAGAAUAUCAUAUCGAUUCCUCCAAAGAUCAGAGAGAUUUACAAGACAGCCUGGGAAAUAAAGAUGAGGUCUGUGAUUGAUUUGGCAGCAGAUAGACAGGCGUUUAUAGACCAGUCCCAGUCUCUGAACAUAUUUAUAGCAAAGCCGACAUAUUCGCAGCUCACCUCGAUGCACUUUUAUGGAUACCACUGUGGGUUGAAGACUGGGAUGUACUACCUAAGGACAAGGCCGAUAACAUCAGCAAUCAAGUUUACUGUGGAUAAGAAACUUGCUGAGAAAACCCUAUCUUCGAUGAAUGAGAUGGAUGAACCCUGUUCGAUGUGCUCGUCUUGA